UUAAAUCUAAAUCAAGUUUAUAUUAAAUUCAUCAUAUACAAGCUCCUUGAAUUUUCUUGUCCUGAUCAGGUAUAGUAUUAUUUGUGGACUAAUUUUCAGAGAGAUAUGGGUAUAUUUCCUGGCUUUAGCUUGAUCAAUCAGAACACAAAACAGCCUACAAAGGCUGAAUCCAAGAAAUCUGGGAAAGUGAAACCAAAGUCAGUGUCAGAGACUUAUCCUGAGGACAGAGAGGAAUUAAAGAAGCAAAUGAAACUUUGGAGAGCUUCAGAGAAGAAGUAUGCAUGGCAUGAUUAUCCUCCUAAGGUGAAGGUGACAAAAUAUGAGGAUCUUUGCCAUAUGAACAUACAAUUUACAAUUGGAUUGCCUCCUGAAGCAGUCUUCGACAUUUUCACUACUUACGAGAACCCAUCAUGGUACUCAAUGAUGAAAAAGCGCCCAAUUCUGGAACACAGAUCAAGUAAAGUUCUUAGCGAUCGUGGACCGACAGAGAAGCUUGUGCAAGUGGAAAAAGAGGCGCCAUGGAGGUUCCUUUGGUGGUCUGGAGCUAUCCCGGUACAUCUAAAUCUCAACGAGAGCCGAAAAGAUUUCAGCGCACUAUAUCUGAUUCCGAAAAAGAAUAUGAUGUUCAAAGAGUUCAAUGGUAAGUGGAAAAUAGAGCCAUGGUACAUAGACAACAGUCGCUAUUGCAAGCCGAGGCUGCCAAAGAAUCGAGAAGAGUAUAGACAAUGUACCGGCGGAAAAGGAUUGAUUGGCUCGAGAGUGACAGUGGACCAGUCUUUUAAGCCAUCUUCUUAUCUUAAUUUUCCACCGCUUUCAUGGUACAUUCGUAGGGUCACCAUCAAGACCACCAAGGCUCUAGUCGAAGAUCUUCAAGUUCGGGCAGCCAUUAUCAAAAGCGUUUGAACUCUUUCAAAUUCGAUAUUGGCUAGUUAUACCAUUUGGAUAUAAAUAUUAAAAUCAAACAUUGGAAUAUUAUAACAGAAUCAAGUUGUAAUAGAAUCAAGUUCUGACCAAGAAAAAAAACAAAAGAAAGAAUAUCACUUCAUAUAAAU